AUGAAAAAGAGAAAAGCAGUUCCUGCUUUCUACCCACGUUAUCCCAACUUAUCACUAGCAGGUUACUUGUCACUCGCCUUUUUUGCAGCGAGAUACCACAGACCUGAAACAAAUCAUUUUUUCGUUAUGUCCUCUCUCGAUGGCAUGAACUUAACUGAUUCAGUUAACUCAUUUAAGCCAACACAAUCAAAUCCUGAAACAAAUCAUGCGUCAAAUGCUGAAACAGCUUCUGCAUAUUCUCCUUUGACUUAUCUCGAGGAUAUCGAUUCCGAUGUGAAAGGACAAUUGAAUUGCAAUGCCCUCAUUACUGCAACAGUACCCCACCGAUAUUCGGAAGCUCCAACUGUAUCCACUAUGACUACCAACAUUGAUCUAUAUGAGGAUGAUAUCGAGUAUUAUAUCGACAAAAAGGUCGACUACACUAUGAGACAUAUUAACUUCUUGAAAAGAGUCAAACCUUUGCGAAGCACUGCGACUGAAGAUUUGAUUCCCUACAUUGAUACCUUUCGCUGGAUUCUCGACCUGGAUCCCGAUAUCAAACUUAUCUUGGAAAACUAUCUACCAACCAAGGAGGAAUACAACACCUCCGCUGCACUUCAACAGAAAUACAAACGUUCACCUUUUAACCAAGACUACUCUUAUGAUUACUAUGAAUUACUUGAUAAACGAGUUGAAAGAUUACUUACAUCAACCAUCUUCCAAACCUUAGUUCCUUUCUGGAAAUCCUACUCCAGCAGCUAUUCCGUCUGGCAGGAGUAUGGCGUAUGCUUGCAGAGACCAUCUUUUGCUAUUGAAUACCUCUCUAUUUGUCUCAAUCCCAAAACUUUUAAUAAUUCAUCCUUAUCUACUCGAUUGAAAACCUAUGACUACCACUUCAACGUCCUAGCCCGUAUCCUCGGGGUACCCACCAGAGAUAUCGCAGAAACAUACCAGUCUCUCGCUUUUCUCCUGCAACACAUCAUCAACUACAACACGACGUCUGAUUUCGACUAUGAACUUUCUUCAGCUAUUCAUCUUCACCUUCAAAGAAACAAAUUCAAGCUCACGCUCCAUGAGCUUGCUGAAAUUAUCGGCCAACUCACUUCCAUUCAUGAAACUCAUAGUCCCACAAGCCCACUCACAUACCUUACACACCCGCAUCUGUUCAUACCCUCCAAUCAGCAGAAAUUCACCAUCAGACAAAUCCAACCCAAUGCAACUGCUAUCACUAAUCCCUAUACCCAUGCCAAUAUUAGUAACCACAAUAAGCGUCGCAGAAGACGGUCCACCACUAGAUCGAUCAAGUACUGUAACACAUGUGGCGAAGCUCAUCCCAUGCGUAAACAUACCGUCAAGCUAGAUGCAGCUACACUUCGCCUCAUAAGAAAUAUCAAUCGACCAAAUAUCACUCCGUCAUCCAACAUUCGUUUUAUUAAGUUUCUGUUUAGUUUAGAGAAAAGUUUUGUUUAUACGGAUUACUAUUGUAUACAUUUGCAUUAUCGUUUACAGUGUAAAUAUUGGAAUGAAAUUCCGAUCCCCAAUAUAGAUACCGUUUCUCUGAUAUAUACGUAUUUGUUGAGAUUAAAAAUUCAGCUAAGUGUAGAGCUCGAAUAUGUGAAUCACAAUGGUAUGUUUGCCCCUGUAUUAUGCUACAGGAAGUUCCAUUUAAAAUGAAAUAUUAUAAAUUAGUGCAUGAACGAAGCAUGAUAAAUUCUUGUACUAAGUAAGUUCACUCAUCAAUUCGACUUCAAUUCUUAUUGACUUCACAGAAAUGACAUUAAAUUGAUUCUGAAAACUGAUCAAGUGAAGGAUGCUAUUAGAUCCAGACAAACGUAUAAAGCGCUAAGAGAAAUGUGGUGUAUAACGGUGUGUGAAACUAAAUGAAAAGAGUAAAAAGAAAAAAAAACCUGUACUUUUUAAGAUAGAGAUGCGAAAUCUGGAGAACAUGAAGAAAGGCUUUUACUGGAAGUGAAUUCAUAGGU